AUGGCACCUAUCGAUAUAGUUGUCAUUGGAGGAUCAUUUGCAGGCCUUCAUAUUGCUCACUCUGUGCUUCGUGAUGUACCUGAUGCAAAGGUUGUGCUGAUCAACCCCUCAACCAGCUUCUACUGGAAUAUUGCCGCCCCACGCAUCGUCGCCAAACCCAAGGCCUUCCAACCCGAGCAGUACUUCCUCCCAAUCAAGGAUGCUUUUGCAGGCUACCGGCCUGACGCGUUCGAGUUCCUUCCUGGAGUUGCAACUGCUAUCGAUACUGCUGCCAAAUCGGUCUCCGUGACCCCAAACGAGGGCGAGCCCAAGACCCUAUCAUAUGAUUACCUCGUUAUCGCAUCGGGCAGUACUACAUCUGCAACUACCGGCUCGCUCACCGGCACAUCCAUUCCAUUCAAGCAGUCGAACCACAAUGACAUGGAGCAGCUGAUCGAGUCAGCACAGGAACACAUUGCGGGGGCGAAGGAGAUCGUGAUUGGUGGUGCAGGUCCUAUCGGUGUUGAGUUGGCUGGCGAGCUUGCUGAAGCAGUGGAACAAAGUGGCAAUGCUGGCAAGGUCUCCAUCACGCUUAUCUCAGCGACAGAUCGCGUGCUCCCGAUGCUCAAGCCAUCCGCCAGCUCUGCCGCAGGCAAGCUGCUAGAGCAGAAGAAGGUCAAGGUUGUGACCUCCAAGCGAGUCGUUGGCGUCGAGACCCCGGCCGACGAUAGUUCCAACUGGACAGUCUCUUUGGAAGGCGGAGACAAGAUUUCAGCUGACCUCUAUAUCCCCACUACCGGUGCGACCCCCAACAACAGUUUCAUUCCAGCUCAGUUCCUGGACAAGGACGGCUGGGUGACAGUGAACAAAGAGAUGCGUGUUCAGUCGACUGACGGUUCAACUCUGCCUAUCUUCGCUGCUGGCGAUAUCACCAACAACUCAAUGCGCCUCAGUUUCAAGGCUGUGGAGCAAGCACGUGUAGCAGCUGCCAACCUCAAAGCCGCCAUUGUAGGCGGCACUGCCAUCAAGACCUACGACCAGGGCGACAGUAUUAUGAUGCUCGUGCCAGUUGGUGAAGCUGCUGGUACGGGUCAGAUUUUCGGAUUUGUGCCUUUCAGCUUCAUGGUCAAGAUGAUCAAGGGCAAGCACUACUUUAUUGAAAAGGCCGCUGGCGCACUUGCUGGCAAGGCUUAA